UUCUUUGCUACUUUCCAUGUGACGCUGACCUAUUUAAAAUUAUAUUCCUACUCUCACUCCCCACCCUCUUGCAUUGAAAUCCCCUCUCUCCUACUUCUACUUCACUCACCGUCACUCACUCUCCAGAUUCUCCAUCCCAAUUCAAUCAAAAUUUUUAUGUUUAAACCCCAAACCAAUCUUGCAGAGGAGAACCCAGAUUUCAGAAAUGGCUCGAUUUGUGAAUUUCGGAGCCACGACCAGGAGGGUAUUUCUGCUCUUUCUUGUUUUGGUUCUGUUUGCUGCGGCUUCUCUGCUAUGCGUUUGCGCCGAAUCUGAAUCGAGAAAUGGAGAAUCGAUACGGAGAGGAAGAAGAAUUCUGCAGGAGGAGCAGCCGAAGAAGAAGAAGUCCGGCGAUGCCUUGCCCACCAAAAUCCAGAACAAGGUCAUUAAAGAGUCCACAACAAACCAGACCAAGCUCAUUAAGAACAGUUUGUCGUCGAAGAACAAGACCACUCUCGGCAAAGCUGCGAAUUCGACGAAGCCGACAUCCGGCAGCAUCAUUUCGAAGGUUGGGAUUAAGAAACUCAAUUCCACCGGCAAGCUCCCAAAGCUAAAUUCCACAUCGAAAUCCUCCAAUUCUACCAAAACCAGUUCGUACUCUGCCAAGAAAUUCUCAGAUCUACCCAAAUUAAGCACAUCCAAGAACAAAACGACGACGCCCACUUCCCCAAAACAGUCCCAAUCCCUUCUCGACAAAGCAAAAAAGGACCAGAAAUCAGAGAAGAAACCAAUUCAGGAGAAACCCAAUAAACAAGGGCAGGCAAAAGCAAAAGCCAGUUGGAUGGAGGAAGAUGAAGACGAUGACUUAGUGUCGGAAUUCAGAGAUCUGCCGACGAAAUUUCAGGAGAGUGUGAUCCCAGACCUGGCGAAAAUCUCUUCCAGUUCCAAGGCUUACAUUACGAAAGCCAACAAACAAAUGACAAUGGGAUUCAAACCCAUCGUGGGCAACAAGUACGCCUCCACCAUCGCUUCCCUAAUCUCCUUCGCGUUCAUUUUGAUUCCGUUAAUCUUGGUUAGUCUGUUAUUCAAUCGAAUCAAGGCUUAUUUCUCGCUCCAAAAGCUCCUCAUAUUCAUCCAAGUCUACCUCUCAAUCUACUUCGGCAUCCUGUGCUUAUCCUCCCUGGUGACGGGGCUGGAGCCCCUCAAGUUUUUCUACUCUACUUCGCAGUCCACGUACAUGUGUUUACAGGUGAUGCAGACCCUAGGAUACAUCUUGUAUCUGCUGCUCCUGGUGAUGUAUCUGGUGCUGGUGUUCUCCACCGAUUGUGGGCUGGGCUCCAGGAUGCUGGGCCUGGCCCAGACCUUCGUCGGGUAUGCCGUCGGCCUGCAUUACUACGUGUCGGUGUUCCACAGGAUGGUUCUGCACCAGCCGCCGAGGACCAAUUGGAAAGUCCACGGGAUUUACGCCACGUGUUUUCUGGUCAUCUGUGCCUUGGCCGGGGCCGAGAGGAGGAAGAAGGCUUACUUGGAAGAAGGCGGGGCAGAGGGCAAGAAAAGUUGAUUUGAUUACAUACAUCAUAAAUGUGAUACUUAUUUUUUGUUUUACCAAAUAUUUAUUGGCUGCGACCAAGAAUAAUCUUGUUGUUUUUGAGUCUCUUACUUUUUCGUCGGGCAGUGGCAAAAUGAAAAGAACGGGUGCCAAUUGCCAAUGCAAAGAUGGAACAGCAAAAAUGAAUAUGAGUUUAAUUUCUUUAUCGUAUUUUGGUACUGGCAAGAUUCGAAGGUGAAGCGGCAGUAAGAGUGAUUUUGUCUGUUUCAGGAGGUGGGAAAAAAGUGGUGUCGGUGGCCGCGACGCAACGGAGAGGGAAAAAUUUGUGCUCUGGGUUGUUUUAAUUUAUGAAUAUAUGCAGCACCGACUUGU